AUGAACUGGGAAAAAGCCGGAGGACCUGCCUUCGUGAAUGCGCGCCAACCCAACGUCGAAUCCGAAUACGCGUACGGCUCGCGCUCCGGAAUCUGGCGACUGCUGCGCCUCUUCGCCGAGCAUUCCUUCCCAUUCACGCUUUUAGCCGUCGGGCAAGCCCUGGAGAUGAACCCAGCGGUGGCCAAGGCCUGUGUCGAAGCCGGCCACGAAAUCGCCGGCCACGGGUACCGCUGGCUCGACUGUCGCGAUUUGCCACCCGCGGAGGAGAAGGAGAACGUGAAGCGGGCCAUCAGGGCGAUUCAGGAGACCGCCGGGGUGGACCCCGCGGGCUGGUACGUGGGCAGGAUCAGCCCGAACAGCGUCGGGGUGGUGUGGGAGGCGUUUGAGGAGAUGGGGCUGCAUUUGGUGUGGCAGAGCGACUUUUACGCCGACGACGUGCCCGUCUGGACGCAUCUCCCCGCCGGGCUGGUGGGUGUGCAGGAAGAACAACAGGCAGCAGCUCAACGGCGGCAGCAGCAGCAAGGGAAGCCCGAAAAGCCAAAAGAAGAAGGCCUUUUGCACGUCCCCUACUCGUACGACUGCAACGACAUGAAGUUCCACUUCGCGGCCGACGGCUUCGGCGGCGCGUCCUUCUACGAGUACCUCGUCGACGCCUUCGACAUGCUGUACGAGGAAGGCGGCAAGAUGAUGUCGAUCGGCAUCCAUGCCCGAAUCGUCGGCAAGCCCGGUCGGGCCAGGCAGCUGCAGAGGUUUUUGAACUAUAUCAGCUCGAAGCCCGGGGUUUGGGUGUGUACGCGAGCAGACAUUGCGAGGCAUUGGAGGAAUAAAUUCCCAUAUCAGCCGGUAUCGGGACAGGAUUGA